AUGUCACCAAUCCAAUGUCAUCGUCCUGCCGACCGCAACGCCUUCGAGAUUGCGAUCCUCUGCGCCCUAUCGAUCGAGUCUGAUGCUGUCGAGGCCUUGUUUGAUGAUUUCUGGGAAGAAGAUGAAGUACAAUAUGGUAAAGCCCCUGGUGAUCCUAAUUCCUACACCUUGGGUCGGAUUGGGCUGCAUAAUGUCGUUCUGGCAUAUAUGCCCGCGAUGGGCAAAGCAGCCAGUGCCGGUGUGGCUGCAUACUUCCGUACCAGCUUUCCAAAUGUCCGUCUUGGGCUAGUAGUUGGCGUGUGUGGAGGUGUACCUUAUCCACCGGGGUUCGGUGAGAUCUUUCUUGGUGAUGUUAUCAUCAGCACUGGGGUGAUCCAAUUCGACCUUGGUCGUCAAUAUUCCAACAGAGUGGUUCGAAAAGAUACGCUGCAAGACUCCCUUGGGAGACCCAACCACGAGAUUCGAGCUUUUUUGAACAAGCUGCAAGGUUGGCGGGCACGUUCGGAGCUGCGACGGCAUGUGAUCGAGUAUGUGGCUGAAUUGUGCAGCAAAGAAGGCUUUGACGCCCCGGCAUGUCCUCAGACUGGCGAAGACAAAUUAUAUCAUGCCAAUUACCGUCAUAAACAUCAGGAUGCUGGCAUUUGCGAUAUAUGUGCUCAAUGCGUGAAACCAGAGGAUCCUGUUUGUGAUGUCGCAUUGGAGUCAACCUGUGCUAAGCUUGGUUGUGACGAUCUUCAUCUCGUGCCUCGGAAGAGAGCAUCUCGACGUGACCCCUCCAUCCGCUUCGGAUUGAUGGCAUCGGGUGACGUUGUGAUGAAAUCUGGUCUAAAUCGUGAUCACCUCGCAGCUGAAGAGAAAGUGAUCGGCUUUGAAAUGGAAGGUGCGGGUGUGUGGGAAACUUUCCCAACAGUCGUGAUCAAAGGUGUUUGCGAUUACAGCGAUAGUCACAAGAGCAAGAAAUGGCAGAACUACGUGGCACUGAUUGCGGCAGCUUGUGCAAAGGGCUUUUUGCGACAGUGGCGAGGCAUUGACAACCCAAAAGUUGUCUUACCGCUCGCAAGCAGCGUUGGAUCAACCCCGACGGACAGUAGCCCACCGACCAAGACUAGGAACAUAGUAUCGGAUAGGGCGCUGAAAAAUGGCAGCAUGUUCGAGACUGAGGAAGAGCCAGGGCCCGAGGAGACUUCCCACAAGACACGUUCGCCAGCAACUCCACAGGCCUUUCACCCAUCUAUAUCGAGGAAAGUCGAGAGGAUGAUUCUGCAGGAGAUUUCCUUCAGAGGAAUGUUUGAUCGCGAGCAAAGCAUAAAAGAAAACUACCCACAGACCUUCAAAUGGAUCUUUGACGAUUCUUUGUCAAAAGACAAGGGAUGGCAUGGUUUCACCAGCUGGCUGUGCAGCGGUUCUGGAUGUUACUGGUGCAGUGGAAAACCAGCAUCCGGAAAGUCGACACUAAUGAAGUACCUCAUGCAACAAAAUGAGACGAAAAUAUCACUCCAGAAAUGGGCUGGCCGGGACAAACUCCACUUUGCCGGCUUUUUCUUCUGGCAUCUUGGGACCGGGCUCCAAAAGAGCCAGACAGGACUUCUUAGAUCACUGCUGUACUCGGUUCUUGAUGCACGGAGGGAGUUCAUUGGACUGAUCUUCUCUGAAUACUUCAACGAGUUAGCAGAAUAUGAAACCUUUGUCAUCAAGAAACAACAGGCCCGCGAAGCUAGGACAAGAUUUAAUGAACCCGAACCGCAUUUCCCAAGCAAAUUGUCCGACCAAGAAUACAGGAUUGCUUUCCGCAAAUUAGUUGACAACAUGCCGGAAGAUUACAAGAUCUGUUUUUUCAUCGACGGUAUUGACGAAUAUGAUGGCGAUCAUUAUGAAAUCUCGGAACUCUUGAGGAGUGCCUGUGGACCUCGCGUGAAGAUGCUCGUUUCCAGUCGUCCAGUACCUGCUUGUGCCCAAGUCUUCAAAGGCUCUCCGAGUCUAAAACUCCAAGACCUUACACGGCCAGACAUCAAGCUAUAUAUCGAUGGCCAGCUCCGGAAACACUCGAGAAUGCAAUACCUUCUCGAAGCUGAAAGUGCCAGAGCUAACAAACUAAUUACUGAAAUACUUGAUCGAGCAGCCGGUGUGUUUCUAUGGGUUUUUUUGGUUGUGAACAACCUCAUGCACGGUCUCAACAAUUUUGACACGAUUAAUGACUUGGAAAAAAGAUUGGAUUAUUUCCCCACGGAGCUCGAUAACCUCUAUCAACACAUGAUGGAGCAAAUGGAACCACUCUACCGUCGGAAAGCAUCCGAAUACCUUCAAAUAGUUCUUCACAGUUUGGACACUGGAACAGAGCUCACCUUGCUUAAAAUGUCUUUUGCAGAAGACGAGGAUCCAACAGCUGUUUUGAGCCAAGGUUGGGAACCUCCCAACUCCCAACAUUUGCAACUGAGAAAGGAAGCUACGGGGGCGCGUAUCACAAGCCGUUGUUGUGGUCUGCUAGAGCUUUCGCGGGACGAUAUAUCUCAUCCGAUCCUGGGACCGGGACCCUAUGUUAACUUUCUUCACAAAUCCGUCGCUGACUAUCUAAGGCAACCAGGAGUAUGGAGUUAUAUCACUGGGUUGACCUCCACAUCACCCUUCGCUGCGUCAAUCGCAUUGCUCAGCUCGACUCUACAGUUGGCAAAAAUAUACGAAUGUAAUAUCAUCUCCAACGAAAUUUGUAGGUCUGAGACUAUCCGGGUGAUUGUUCGUCAGGCUGAACAUGCAGAAAGUGCUGGCAUCGACGUAAUGCCAUACCUGGAAGAACUAACACGAUACUUGUCUUCAUUUGAUCGUGACCAUGACAUAUCUACGUGCCUUCCGUCCCCGUUGCCUAAUAGGAGCUGGGAUUCAUCAUCAGGAGAAUGGAGUGUUCUUCUCAUCCCUGUUUGGUAUGGGUUCGUUAGCUGCGUCACCAAGAUUCUAGCGCAGAGACCCUUUGCUUGGGUUGAUGCGGAAUAUCCCGAUUACCUUGGAGCAGUAUCAAGCAGACAGCGUCUAUAUUGGUGCGCGAGGUUUGGGAGACUUCAUGCAAUGUGUAAAACAAUUGAAGCCCUCCUUCAUUACGGUGCCAACCCCAACACCCAAAUUUCCGACACCACUGCUUGGGGUAUGCUAUUAGUGGAGAUCGUCGAGUGUAAAUCGUUCACAACGGCCAAUAAGCAGGAGGAUUGGACCCUUUUGGAAGUAUACUUCCAGCUCAUAGUUCUCUUCUUGAAAGCUGGUGCAGAUCCACAUUUAAUCAUCGAUAGCCCAGUCUGCAAGAAAGACAAGGACCAAGCAAGCAAGACCACGAUCACAAUCAUAAAGGAAUGGUCAGUACCAGCCUGGAUCCAGGACGUAGAGACUUCCUUCCUAAGCAACCCGACCAUACCCCAGUGGACAAAGGACAAGGUGACUGCCUCUGCCGCUGAAGCAAACUCUAUCCUGAAAGAUCUUAGCAUACUGCCAUGGAGGAAAAUAUCAACGCCUAUUUCGACCUCGUUCUCCAAGGUCAUGAGCAGUGAAUCUCAACUGAUGACAUCCCGGAAGCGAACACAAAGCAUCUUUUCACGAUUGACCCGGAAUCUGACUCCGAAAGACAGACAUAAACCGUCUUCCGAAAUUACACUAGAGCCGAAAAGUCUGAAGAAUGCAGCUGAAGAUUCUGGAGAUUGGCUGGGGUCCCCCCCGCUCAGUAAUGCUCGUCGUGUCACUCUUCCAUGGGCGCAGGAACACCGCGCGUGGCAACUCGGUCUUAUGUGA